AUGGCUCCAGCCGCUACCUCCAAUAAAGAGGAGAUAUCGCACUUAAAAUACCUGCUGAACUUGGCCCAGGAACGUAUUGCCAAACUCGAGGCUGAAAACUCGAAAAAUGAUAAAAAAUCUCGUGAACUGAGAAUGGUGCUUAUGGGCCCGCCUGGAGCCGGCAAAGGCACCCAAUCCCCAAAGAUCAAAGAUAAAUACUGCGUAUGUCACCUGGCCACCGGCGAUAUGCUUCGGGCUCAAGUGAGGGCCGGAACUCCUCUCGGUCUUCAAGCCAAGAAGAUUAUGGACUCGGGUGGAUUAGUCUCCGAUGAGAUAAUGGUUGGAAUGAUACAAGAUGAGUUGAAAAAUAAUAAGGAAUGUAAGAAUGGAUUUAUUCUCGAUGGCUUUCCUCGUACUGUGCCACAAGCCGAGAAAUUAGAUGCAAUGCUUGCUGAGGACAAUAAAAAACUGGAUCAUGCUGUUGAAUUGCUCAUCGACGACAACUUGUUGGUGUCAAGAAUCACCGGUCGCUUAAUUCAUCGACCUAGCGGAAGAACUUAUCAUAGAAUAUUCGAUCCACCAAAAGUGCCUGGGAAGGACGACGUCACCGGGGAGCCUUUAAUCCAACGUUCAGAUGACAAUCCCGAGACGUUAAGAAAACGUCUCGCCACAUAUCACAAACAGACGGUUCCAGUCGCUGAAUAUUACAAAAAAAAAGGCAUUUGGUCAGGCGUUGACGCUGCCCAAAGUCCGAAUGCUGUUUGGCAGAGUCUAUUGGCAAUAUUUGGUGAUAAGUAG